CAGAAAAAUCUACCUCUUCCGCCAUGGCUCUGUUUCCUCCAUCUCCCUCCCUCAUCUUCUCUCAACACGACUCCAACAAGGAAGACGACUACGACAAGAUCCAUCUCUUCUCUCGACUUCCGUCUCCAAGUAGCACCUCUUUCGCCGACUCUGCCACAGCCAAUUCUGCUCGACCAAGGCAAAAAGAGUUGGGCGGUGGAGGCAGGAAGGGGGAAGAUAUCGAUGAUGGUGGGAGCCAGGGAUUUAACGAUCACAUGGAGCGACAGCGCGACACUCCCUCGUAUUGGCGGUGGGAGACGAAUGCGAAUUCAAGGUUCGCCGAAGGGGAAGUGGCGGCGCUCGAACUCGUGUGGUGGUUGGAAAUCCGGGCCAAGAUCCUGACCCAGAGGCUAUCGCCAAGAACCACGUACGCGGCCUACCUGGUGUUCAAAUUGAUGGGUGGGCACAUCUAGUUCGCGGGGCAACCCGUGAAAGUCGGGGUCGGGUUUGUGGGUGACGAAGCCCCGGGCAAGGAAUCGGUCGCGAAUCUGGAUCCGGCACCAGGGGCUGCAGCAGGGAGAUCGAGGGUAAAUCCCCCCGGCGGCGGCGAAAGCAGGGUAUAGAGGAAGAAGAAGGGUGAUUGGUCACGGGUUCGAUUCGGUUGGUAUCUUAUGUGUCUGGGUUAUAAUAAAGUGACAAAUGGAUUUUUUUUUGUUUAAAUUGGGUGACUAGGCAUCUCUGUUAGCCACGUCAGCAGUUAACGGACGACACUAAUGAAGUCUGAUGGAGGUU